CGACCCGUCACCCGUCGGCCGUCAGAGUGUCACACUCAUUUCGAGAAAUACGAAUAAAAUUACAAAUUAUAUAAAAUAAUAAUAUUUAGGUAUGAAAAGUAUUUUUAAAUUUUUAAUCAAUAUUGCCUAUACAAUAACGAUUACGAUUAACGGUGUACAUUUAACGACGACUUGUUACGCCGGCCCAUAUCAGCAUUCGGCUCUCGUUCAUCGUUGAAAAUGAUUCAAAUGUCAAAUAAAAAUAAUGUGYAUGUUUCCACUGGUUCAAGUAAUGACUUGGAUCGACAAAUCGAACAGCUUAGACAAUGCGAAAUCAUUAUGGAAAACGAGGUGAAAACAUUGUGUUCCAAAGCACGCGAAAUACUCAUUGAAGAGAGCAACGUGCAACGUAUCGACUCGCCUGUUACCGUAAGAUACCCUGAUCGAAUAACAUUAAUACGUGGUAACCAUGAAUCACGACAAAUCACUCAAGUUUAUGGAUUUUAUGAUGAAUGCUUACGAAAAUACAAUAGUGUUGCUGUAUGGCGUUAUUGUACCGACAUUUUUGAUUAUUUGAGCUUAUCUGCCAUUAUUGAUGGAAAAAUAUUCUGUGUACAUGGUGGGUUGUCACCUUCAAUACAAACAUUGGAUCAAAUUAGAACCAUUAAUAGAAAACAAGAAGUUCCUCAUGAUGGACCUAUGUGUGAUAUCUUAUGGUCUGAUCCUGAAAAUAUCCAGGGAUGGGGUGUGAGUCCCCGAGGUGCUGGAUACCUAUUUGGUCCUGAUGUUGUCUCCCAAUUUAAUGUUACAAAUGAUCUAGAUAUUAUUUGUCGAGCCCAUCAAUUAGUUAUGGAAGGUUAUAAAUGGCAUUUUGAUGAAACUGUCGUUACUGUUUGGUCAGCACCCAAUUAUUGUUAUCGUUGUGGUAAUAUUGCGGCAAUAUUAAAACUCAGUGAAACACUUCAAAGAGAUUUUAUAAUAUUUGAGGCAGCUAUACAAGAGAGACGUGAAAUGUCCACAAAAAAAUAURCAGUUGACUAUUUCCUUUAAUUAAUAUUCUCUAUUUCUUAAUAUAUUUAAUUUGUAUGUAUAAAGCUUAACAGAGAAAAGGAAUAUYUCAGAAGAAAGAAUUUCAAAWUAUUUAAAUAAAUUAUAAUUGGUAAAAAGAAUGACAAUAUAAUUAUGUAUU